AUGUCCACAAAAAACACCUUCAACACCAUCUUACGUUUCUUCUUAUCAUUUAUAUUCAUAUUCCAUACAACAGCCACACCCUCUCCCACAGCCACACCCUCUCCCACACACAUCCACGACAUCCUCUCCGAUUACGGUUUCCCAAAGGGCAUCCUUCCCAACAACAUCGCCCUCUACACCAUCUCUCCAUCUGGUUACUUCACCGCCCAUCUCGAAUCCCCCUGUUACGUUCACGUCUCCGAUCGAUUAUUCUACUACCAUACCCUCAUCACCGGAACCCUCACUCACGGUACCCUUUCCGGCUUAUCGGGGAUCCAGACCAAGAUGCUUUUCAUCUGGCUCUCUGUCCAUAAGAUGGAAGCCGAUUCACGCUCUUCCAUGCUUGAAUUCUCCAUCGGAGCUUUGUCCAAGAAAUUACCGGCGUACCAGUUUCAAAAUGUCCCCGCGUGUUCUUCCGAGGCGGGUUGA